AUGCUUUGGCAAAGGACACUUGCUGCUUCCUUCCUGGCGACAGGGGCGCAAGCUGGGAUUGGGAGCCUCGUUGCGGAAGGGUUUUCACGCAACAGCGAGGGGGUAGAGAGGAGGUUAGAAGACAUGGCAAGGGCAAACCUCAGAGCCAGAGGGUUCUUGGAGACGAGACAAUCCGAUGGACUCAGCAACGACACGCCACUGAAGAGUGACGGAAGCCUCGACAUGGAAGCGUGGAACACCGCAGUGAACACAGCAUGCCGGGCCGCAUUGCAGAACCUGAACGUCGCAAGCAAUCCCUCGGGUACCUGUGUUUGCUACAAUCUACCGCUGCUCAACAACUCGACGGGAACCUUUGAGGCCGAUUUGAGGUUAUUCCAGCUCAGCGAGCCCACGGGCGAUUUCCAAGGGAUACCGCAGGAGAGCAUUGAGGUCGAGCUCAGUUACAACGGCGCCUCGGUCUCGGAAGUCAACCAGCAACCGGUGAAGCGCGUCAAAGCCAGGCAGGCCAAUAAUACCGGGGAACUGCCGCUGCUGCAAUCGUACCUGUUCAUCGGGCAGGUCGAUCAGGACCAGAUGUCAGGUGGAGUCAACGUAGACAAACUUCAAGCACUCGUCAUGCCCAUCGUCACGCUUAAAGCUACCAACGGCAACGGCCAGUCGGUCAACACCGUCGUGUCAUCCAACGAGGCUGCAUUCGUAGCGGGCGAGUUCUCCAAGGAUGAAGUCAUGAGCAAUUACCGCAUGGCCGAGCUUGCAGUUGAGGCCGAACUGGCUGCCCUCAAAAACGGCACCGUCGCUUUUGUUCUUCCGGGCAUCCAACUCAUGAUCUUCCCCAUCGGUCUCAUCAUCACCAGUGUCUGGCUAGUUCUGGGGCUUACUGCCUACGGAAUGGGGACGUAUGCUCGGUACAACUUCAGGGAGGCGCACCGGAGGAGGAUGGCCGUGGCCAGCAAGGGCGGGAUGUCGAGGAUUUAG